UAUUUAGCGAAGUUCUACCAAAGAGAGAUUGGUACCGGUAUAUUCUGUUACAUUUUUUUUAAAUGCGCAUUUAUUGUUUAGACAAGAAAGGCUCUGCAGUAAUUUUCCAUCACCAAGCAGCAUCUUUGGCGACCCUUUUUACAUCGUAAAUUUCUUGAAACAUUGGGCUUAUGCCCAAUCUGCCUCGCGCUCAGCGUCAGGCCUUCGUUCGUCACCCAACCACACUCAAAAUUAUUUAGAAACUCGAAUACUCACAAUAUUGAUAAGCCACUGCUGUGUUCCGCCAGCAAAUUUCAAUCGGGCAAAAGGUGUUCAUGUAGAACCAUUGCCAGUCAAUUAGAGCCACUCAAACGGUAACGAUAUGUUUUUGACGAUAUUUACGUGCUUCGUUCUUCUGCUUAUAAUUUGCGAUUAUUUUUACAAAACCAGACGCAAUGCACAAUUCUCAGCUGCAGGCAUUGUAAGCCCAAGGCCUUGGCCUAUUCUAGGCAAUGUACCCCAUGUUUUUGGUAACGAUACAGCGAACGUCUUCUCAAUGCUAAAUCGCUUCAAAGCUCGCUGGGGCAAAGUAUGGCAUAUGUGGUUCUUCUUCGAGGAUAUACUUUUCAUAUGCGAUGCACGCCACUUUGAGAGUCUGCUAAGCAGCCAAGAGCUUAUAAAGAAAGAUGUAAUCUAUGACGUGUUACGUUAUUGGUUGGGUGACGGUUUGCUGCUCAGCACAGGUGGCAAGUGGCGCGCGCGACGUAAGGUGAUCACACCGACAUUUCACUUCAAGAUACUUGAGCAGUUUGUGGAGAUUUUCGAUCAGCAAAGCAUCGUUAUGGUUGAGAAAUUGAAAGCGCGUGCCGAUGGCAAAACGGCUGUGGAUAUUUUUCCAGUUGUCGGCUUAGCAGCGCUGGAUAUUAUUUCCGAAUCGGCCAUGGGUGUAAAAAUUGACGCACAAAGAAACCCGAGAUUCCCCUAUGCAAAGGCGUUAACUGACGCCGCUGACAUUAUUGCUACACGCGUUAUGAAACCGCAUCAAAGUUACGACCUCACCUUCUACCUAAGCGCACCGCGCAAGGCUCUUAAAUUAAGAAAGUGCAUAAAAAUAAUGCACUCAUUCACGGAUAACGUGAUUGAAGAGAGGCGCCGCACCCUUGAACGCACUAUCGCCGAUGGCAGUUAUAAAGCCAUAAACUUGGAAAUGAACGACAUCGGCGCCAAGCAACGCAUGGCUUUCCUUGACGUACUGCUGCAGUCCACAGUCCAUGGCAAGCCGCUAUCAAAUUCCGAUAUACGCGAGGAGGUGGACACAUUUAUGUUCGAGGGGCACGAUACCACCACCAGUGGCAUAUCUUUCACCUGCUAUCUGAUUGCACGUCAUCCAGCGGUGCAAUGUAAACUAUUUCAAGAGAUAUUAGAUGUACUGGGUAAGGACAAAGAUCGGAGGGUAACUAUGCGUGAGCUGCAUGCGCUCAAGUACUUGGAAUGCGUUAUUAAAGAGGGUUUGCGUUUGUACCCUCCAGUACCAAUUAUCGGUCGAAUAACAACGCGUGAGGCGAUGAUCAACGGCCAAAUAGUGCCGGCGAACUGCAAUCUUUCCGUGUUAAUUUAUGCCGCAUUGCGUGAUCCUAAUUACUUUGUAAAUCCCGAUGAUUUCGUGCCGGAGCGUUUCGACGUCGAGAGUUGUGCGGAAAUUGAUCCAUUUGCUUAUGUGCCCUUUAGCGCAGGCCCGCGGAAUUGUAUUGGCCAAAAAUUUGCACUGCUUGAGAUGAAAAGCGCAAUCAGCAAGCUUUUGCGGCAUUACGAGUUACUGCCGCUAGGCGAAUCAGUACGUCCGAUAAUGAAUUUGGUUAUGCGCUCCGCUACUGGCGUGAAUGUGGGUUUGAGACCAAGAGUGUAUUGAAUUACGGUGACUGAUUUUUUCUUUUUAUUUAAUUUAUUUCCUUCCCUCCCUGUAAUCGAGCUGUGGUAAUAAAAAACGACAGUUGGUUAAAAUAAGUAUUUAAAUUAUGGAUUGAAGCGACAAAUAAAUACAAACCUUCUUAUUAAA